AUGAAAUUCAGCGCUACCCUCCUUGCUACACUCCUUGCGGGUGCGACUAGCGUCGCUGCCCACGCUACCUUUCAACAAUUCUGGGUGGGGUCAUCCGACAAAGCUGGAACUUGCAUCCGCACGCCUCUGAGUAACAGCCCUGUAACCAGCGUUGGCAGUGGCGAUAUUGCUUGCAAUGUCAGCCCGAGGGCAUCUCAAGGCCUCUGUGAUGUCGCAGCAGGCAGCACAGUCUCCGUAGAAAUGCAUCAGCAGCCAGGAGACCGCUCGUGCAGCAACGAGGCCAUUGGUGGCAACCACGAUGGUCCCGUCAUCAUUUACAUGGCCAAGGUCGACGACGCCUUGACCGCAUCUGCUACCUCUGCCAGAUGGUUCAAGGUUGCCCAAACCGGCUACCAAGGCAACGACUACUGGGCGACUGACGGCCUGAAUGCCAACUGCGGCAAAUAUACCUUCACUAUCCCCUCGUGCAUCCCAGCAGGUAGGACCGAAGUCAUUGGCCAAUACUUGCUCAGAGCUGAGGUUAUUGCUCUUCACGUUGCUGGCUCCGUUGGUGGUGCUCAGUUCUACAUCUCCUGCUACACACUCAACGUUACGGGUGGUGGCUCUGCUUCGCCAUCGACCGUCAGCUUCCCCGGCGUUUACUCUGCCACCGACCCAGGAAUCAAAUUCGAUCUCUAUGGUGGCUUCACAUCCUAUACCAUUCCAGGACCAGCUGUGUUCACCUGCUCGGGUGGAAACAAUAGCAACACUCAGCCUCCUCAAUCGUCGACUCGGCCCACGUCCACGUCCACAUCCUCGCGAUCAAGCUCGAGCUCGACACGCACUUCAUCCGCCAAUGGCUCCGGUCAGACACUCUACGGCCAGUGA